AUGAGGCCCUCGUGGGUUAUCACUCUUUUCACGCUGGGCGGCACAUUUGCGCGCCCCCAGGGUCCAGGAAAUUUUCAGAUUCAGAGGAACGACUCUUUUGUCCAGAACACAGCAGCCAAUGCGACCAUCACUGUGACCAUUGCCUCCACUGCCGCGUCGACUACCACCUGCUCCUCCACCACCACGGCUGGUCCACUGGCCACGCUAUUGCCUGUCAUCCACGAUGAUCAUGACUUGAACGAUAUCGUGCACUUGACCCCCCAAUGCGCCGGUGCUGGCGCCCCAAUCCACUAUGCUGUUGAAAGCCAACCAGACCAGGCUGGGAUUUUCGCCGUAGCGACACCGAAAUGGAAAUGCCCCUCGGUUGUGCUUGACCAUUCAAUAUUGAUCGCGAGCGUCGAAUUACGAGAUGGAGUUUUGAUCAUACACUUUGCAGACAAAGCAUCCUUCGAUCACUGCCUCUCAGAGUGGACUGCUGGCGAGAUGGUGCUGGUCACGUACACGGAGGGUUGUGGCGACUAUCACCUUGGCCAACGGUGCUAUUACCAUACGUUUAAGAUUGUCUUUGAUGCUGGGUCACUAUCAUGCUUCGCCUUCGGACAAGCUCGGCCCAUCGAAGAGAUCACCGUUGAAGUCAACGUGUGGUGGGGGACUUUGGGCGGCAUCAGCUACGGGUCCCCUGGUGGUUCGGGAGGUGGUUCUGAGACAAGUGGUGGUGGUACAGCAACGACAUCAGCCGCCCCAAGCAGCACCUCAUCCUGCGUGGCUCCUAUCGACACCAAGUACGGCCUCCCAACGGCGUGCCUUGGACCUUACUUUGACGACGACCUAGACAGUGGUCUGGGCUACUUCAAUACCAGCGACUUUGGCUAUAGUUCGGUUUUGAGCAGGGAAGAUGUCGACAAUAUAUGGAUCACCGAUUCUGUUCAAAGACGCUGGGCUGUGUGGAGCUCCGUUGUCAGCUCCGUGCGCAAGUUCGCCAACAAGACCAAGGAAGGCAUCAAGCAGAUUACCACAGCUGCAAAGGAAGCCGCCCAGGCCCUCGGAGCAAACAUAAAGAAGGCUGGGACCACAGCAGCAAAGAUCAGUGCCCAGAUCGUUGAUGUCUAUCAAACCGCGGCGCAGCUGGCAGUCAACGUAGUGCUGGGAAAGCCCAACACAUUUGAGAAGGAUUUCGACAAGCUGUUGCUUCCGCGUCCUGCAAAGGAGUGUGAGGAGGACGCCAAGAACGGGAAUUCCGAGAAGACAAAGAACUCCUGCAAGCCCAAAGGCGACGCUAAGGGCGUGAAGACCCCUUGGGGUGAUAGUGCAGUGCUCCUCAAGACUAUCGGCACACUGCCCGAUACCAAAGACUUGUUGCCCGUAGGCGGCAAGAAACAGACAACUAUCAAAAGGGCGAGCUUCAUCAACAUCUACUGCGUUCAGUGUGGAAUCCAGGGAUCCAUGAAGACCAAAGGCAAUGUCACCAUACAGGCUCUUCGAGGCAUCACUGAAGGCUUCCUUGAAGCCAACCUCGACAUGUCAGUCGGCCUCGGAUUGGGUAUCUACGCGCAGUACUUGUACGAAGACAAGUUCCGGAAGAAUUUGUGGGACAUUCCUCUAUCGCCUUUUACGCUAGGGUUCAUCACCGUGGGCCCAAUCUUGUCCGUUGGCACCGAGCUGAGGUACAACCUCAACAUGACUGGAACAAUGCUGGCUCGAGCAGAUGUGAGCAUUGCACGUGCUCAUUUCGUGUAUGACUUCAGGGAUGGAGGCAAGACGGUGUCGCGGGGCUUCAAGCCCGAAUUCAAGCCAUCGUUCAGAGCGGACGGCGAGAUCAACGCCGCGGUGCAGUUCGGCGUGCCGCUCGCCCUAGAGUUCGGCAUCACCACCUUCAAUGGUUGUGAGCGCUGCAAGGGCACUAUCGGCAUUGAAGAUAUGCCCUCUAUCAAAAUUGCAGCUGCAAUCUCUGCCUACGUCAGCUACAAUAACGCAUCUAAGGGUAUCGAGGCCGGUCUGACACCACUGAACGGUUGCAAAGGGAUCUCGACAACAUUGAGUGCAAGGAAUGAUGUGAACGCCGUUGCUAAGGGAUUCGGUUUCAUUCAAAAGAACUGGACAAUUUACGAGACCAAGGACUAUGUUCUCGCUUCAUAUUGUAUUGGAGAAAAAGUCAGCACCACGAAGCGAUCGACAGAUCUUUGGUCUGGCAGUCACAUUGGCUUUGAGGAGCCCAGAGCACGCCGCGACCUUUCCAAUAGCAGCGCUGCCUCGCAGACGCCCACUACCCUGCCCAGCACCACUGCAUUUCAGAAACUUCAAGCGACCAGUGGGGCUAGCUCGAGCCAGAUUUACGAUCUUACACCCUUUAUAGUUGAAGAAGUCGAAGAUCUCGGGUUCAAUGGUCCUUCACUUCCGUCGACCCCCUAUGAUCUAGACGAAAGCGACUUCGAUGGGUUCUGGUUCAGUACGCUCGGGCUUCAAGGGUCCAGUGGGCAGUAUGUGCUUGCCGCGUGCAAUGAUGGCAAUGUCUACCUUCAAGAGAAGUCCGCUCAGAACGACUUGCCCUUCUACCAGACAUGCACCACGCUCUGGGCCGGGUUUGACAACACCGUUAUUUCAACCCCCACCGGCGAGGUACUGCACUACUAUGCAAAUACCAUGUCCCUUUUGAACGUCAGUCGCCUGAGAACAGCAGAGGAAACGCACAUCCCAGGAACAUCCGUCUACGUCGCUCUUACGCCUUUCUACUACUCGCCCGACGACGCAAAUACUAGCAUGUUGGCCGCCGUCGAUCCCGAGGGCAACAUCUUCUUCCCCGCCGUCUGCACAUACAAGGGUGACGGACAGGGCGCCAAGAUCUACUUGAUCGGCGAUGACAUUGAAGCCGGGCUGGAACUACUACGCUCCCCUGACCUGGAAUAUAGUAUCACUAAUGGCGAGGUUGACGAGUGCUACCUCCUCUUUCUCGACAUCACCUCAAGGCAGGACGGUGCAUGGGCUGCUGACGAUGCCGGUGCGUCAGAGCGGUAUGAUGCUGAUCCACUUGACGUUGCAUUUGACGACCAAUACUUCACUGCCGACGGCACCCUUGACCUCCCUGAUUAUGCCGAGCUGCCAGACGCUGGCGAUACUGAGUUGAGGGAUCUUCAGGAGGUAUAUGAUGAUGAUACGUUUGAGAGUGAUGGGUUCUAG